CUCUUUGCGAAUACGAAACGUAACUUCAUGCGAAAAGUCACGUAGGCCCUCAAAUUAUUCGCGCGUGUUGUUUACAUUUUAUAAAAAUUAACCUGUUAAAAUAUUUAAAUUAAUUAAUAAAUAGUAUUAAUAACAAUGUGCCAGUAAAAAUGGAGGAUUUAGAACUGAAUCCGAACGUAAUUGUGGUUCGAGCUAAGCCAGAAGGUCAAAGGAAAACUUUCAAACCCAAUAUUCGUUCAAUAAAUAAAAUUCCAGACGAUUUGCUGAAUGAUCCUCUAAUAAACAGAGCGUGUGAAGCAUUACCACAGAAUUACAAUUUCGAAAUACAUAAAACGAUAUGGAGGAUAAGAUCUUUAAAAUCGAAACGAGUGGCCCUUCAAUUGCCAGAAGGUUUGACUAUGUUUGCAACUACAUUGUGUGAUAUUAUCGAGACAUUUACUGAAGCAGAUACUGUGAUAAUGGGCGACGUUACUUAUGGAGCUUGUUGCAUAGAUGACUUCACUGCAGUUGCACUCGGGGUUGAUUUGCUGGUGCACUACGGGCACUCUUGCCUUAUUCCCAUAGACCAAACCAGUAGUAUAAAGGUGCUGUAUAUAUUUGUAGAUAUAAAAAUUGACCCAUCACACUUCUUAGACACAAUCAAGCUAAAUUUCCCUAAGAGAACACAUCUGGCUAUAGUUAGUACAAUUCAGUUCGUCACAACUUUGCAUUCUGUGGCAAAAGUUCUUCGUACUGAAGAAUAUACUGUCACAGUUCCACAGUCAAAGCCUUUGUCGCCAGGGGAGAUACUUGGCUGCACUGCACCUAAACUAUCAUCUGAUGCAAUAGUGUACCUAGGUGAUGGAAGAUUCCAUUUAGAAGCUAUAAUGAUUGCAAAUCCAAAUAUUCCUGCCUACAAAUACGAUCCAUAUGAGAAGAAGUUUACAUCGGAACAAUAUGAACAUGAGCUAAUGCAAAGUAAUAGAAAGAACCAAGUCAAAAUAGCAGAAAAUGCCCAAAUAUUUGGAUUAAUUCUUGGUACACUAGGCAGACAAGGAAGUACUAAAGUUUUAGCAAAUCUAGAGAAGCAAAUACAGAACUCGGAAAAGAAAUAUUUAAAAAUAUUGCUGUCAGAAAUAUUUCCCAGCAAAUUAGCAUUAUUUAACUUGGACGCUUUUGUCCAGGUUGCAUGUCCUAGACUUUCGAUUGACUGGGGUACUGCAUUUGAUAAACCCUUGCUCACACCAUAUGAGUUUUCAGUAUCUCUCGGGAAUAGUAAAUGGUUGAAAGAGGAUGGCACAUAUCCGAUGGAUUUCUAUUCAAAUGAUAGCUUAGGGCCUUGGACUCCUAAUUAUAAACCUGUCUUCUGUUCAGGAACAGACCAAAAAUGUGAAAACUGUUGUGGUGGUAAGGAAAAAGUGAAAUGACUUACAGGUCCUCCCUGUGCUGCCACAGCUGCAGUCUCUCUUGCUUGACCAAACACUUGAGAAUCCAUAAACUUAGAUGGGAAGGUCUCUGCAAAGUUCUGGAUGGGUACAUUUUUUGUGUCAUUUCUGAAACAAAAAUGAUAAUUUAGUAAAAAAUGCAGUGUAUGUGCAAUAAUUAUUUUAAGCACUUUUUUAACAAACUAACCUGUGCAUGAGUGCAACAGAGUAACUGUAGUUGAACAGUUGCGGGUUAAGAUUCACGCGAGCGUACACACAUGUUGAUAGGAAAUCUUGAAGUUGAUUCUCCGGAACAGCUGUAAAAAAUGACUUGCUGUUAAGAAAAUGCCUUUAUUGUAAAUUGUAAUGAUACAAUUUUAUUUAUUACAUAGUUAUUUAGACAAUUAUAUAAUAUCUGAAAUGG